AUGAGAGCACAAGAUGGACCUUAUGUAGGAACAUCAACUAAUUCUAAUAAAAGAACCAAUCCACGAGAAAGUUCGAAUCCAAGUAGCAGAGCCGAAGACGGCAAUGUGAAACAAAAAUCAGUAGAUAGAUCAUUAUUAACCAAACAUUCCCAAACGAAUAAUAUUCGAAUCAAAGCAUUUCAUCCGUUUAGUAGAAGACCAUCACAAGACGUUCGAACGACGAGUAAUGAAGGAGAAGGGGAUGAAAGCUCACAAGAAGAUGAAGAAGAAGAAUUGAUGUUAGAAGAGAAUGAUGGAGAUGAUGAUACGAUUGCGAGAGCGGCUUAUAAGAAAAGAAGUUCGAAAACUUCGGGUCGGAAUGUUAGUAGGAUCUUUGAAGGAUUACCAGACGAACCAUCAACACCUAGAGCCAGCUUAUCGAUGCUUCAUCAAAGUAGUAGUAGUAGUAGUAGUAGUAGUAGUAGUAGUGCUGGUACGCUUAAGGAUCCUAGGAGUACAUUUGAUCAUCAUUCACUUGAUUUACAAAACUUGAGUUUGUUUACGGGUUUGGAAACGAAUGGAAAGUUUGGAGAAGAAUCAACUGAACUAAGUUCAUUAGGAUCGAAACCGAAAUCGAAGCCAAGCUUACAUCAAUCAAAAAGACCUGGUUCAUUACUUAAAACUCCUUCUUCAUUUAAAAAGAUCAUCAAUCGGAAUCGAAGAAAGAAAUCUGUUCGACCGAACCUUGAAAGGAUCUCUUCGAUUGGUUUAACUGAUACUACUAAUGAUACUUCGAAUCUUAAUCCGGUUGUCGAACUUGAUUUUAAUUCGUUACCUAUGAGAGCUCAGUUGGUUUGUUUAAACGAGUUGAUCAAAUUCAAUUCGAGUUCAGUUGAUGAUCAUGAUCAAGAAGGUGAAGAAACUGUGUUGAUCUUUACUAGUUUACCUCCACCUGAUUUAGGUUCUUCUAAGUCUUAUGAAAGUAAGUGUGUUGCGAAAAUGAAUAAAAAAACGAACCCAUGA